AUGGCUAAAUCAAGUAGUAAUUUUAAUGAAGAUUUAUUCGAGUAUUUAAAGGUCAGUGAAGAUGAGUAUGAAUCGAAUGCUGUUGAAAUUCCUUGUGAAUUAGACGGUACACUUCUUUUAUCAACACUGGUCGCUCAAUUUCCUGGUGCAUCUGGAUUAAAAUACCGACAUCCUGAAAGUAAAUCAGUCCGAGGUAUACGUUUGAGCGAUGGUAAGUUACAUCCUCCUGGAGAAGCUGGAUGGGGAAAACAUCUCUAUGUUUGCGUUUUUCCCAAAGAAAAUAAGCGUAAAAUGGAAGAUGUGUCACCUGAAAACUCGGCUGCAAAAACUAAAAGGUUAGAAAAAAAGCUAACAUGUUCAGAUUUGAUAUGCCUUGGAUUGCCUUGGAAAUCGACAGAGGACUCAAUCAAGCAGUACUUUGAACAAUUCGGUGAAGUUGUCAUGGUACAAUUAAAGAGAGACAAAAAUGGUUCCUUUAAAGGAUUUGGCUUUAUACGCUUUGCCACUUAUGCUUCACAGAUGAGAGCAUUAGCUCAGCGGCACAAUAUUGAUGGUAGAUGGGUAGAUGUGCGCAUUCCCAAUUCUAAAGAGGGUGUUGUUCCUCAAAUGCCUUGCAAAGUGUUUGUUGGUAGAUGUACAGAGGAUAUGACAGCUGAUGACCUAAGAGAAUAUUUUUCAAAGUUUGGAGAAGUAACUGAUGUGUUUGUGCCUCGACCUUUCCGGGCUUUUGGGUUUGUCACCUUUUUAGAUCCUGAAGUAGCUCAAAGUCUUUGUGGCGAAGAUCAUGUUAUUAAAGGUGCGUCGGUGUCAGUUUCUAGUGCUGCACCGAAAAUAAAAAGUAAAUCUAAUCAGAACUGGAAAGAGGAGUCGUAUGGUAAUAAUAACUGGGAUGGCAAUAGAUCAGGUCCUUCAGGAGGUCCUAACAAUAAUGGAGGCAACAGUAAUAUUGACUCCUUAAAUAUGCAAAAUUUGGGUAUAAAUCCUAAUGGAGGCCCUCCAGCUAACUUCAAUUUGCCAAUCAGUCUUGUUGCUGCUGCUUUGAACCAGGCUGGUUGGGGUGGCUUUUUAGGUGGACCAAGUGGUAAUCAAGGCCCCAAUAACUGGCAAGGACCACCACAAGGCAGUUCUGGUAAAAACUGGAACAGUAAUCAAAAUUGGGGACAAAAUGGACCACCAGCAUCAUGGAAUCAAGGUGGCAGUCAAGGCUGGAAUGGAGGUGGCAGUGGCGGUGGUAGUGGAGGUGGUAAGGGAGGCAACUGGAACCAAGGAAAUAACUGGUCUAAUGGUCAGGGAGGGUGGAAUGGCAAUGGCAGUGGAGGAGGUUCUGGACCUAAUAGUGGAUGGAACAACAAGCCCCUAACAUGAGAUGUCAAAGUCCUGAAAGGUUUUUAAUAAAAAUUGUUGAUCAACAGCAGGAGACUACUGUACAAUGUUAUACCAUGCCAUGCUUCACUAUUAAAAGUGUGUUAUGGCACCAUGCUCCAGAAUAGCACAUAAGUGUGAGAGGAAUCAUAUAGUAUAUGCAUCAGACUACUAAGGAUAUUGAUAAGAUCUUGCUGUUAUGAAACAUUUUUUUUUCAAAUGAAUGGUGGUGGUUAAUGACAAUCAUUCUACAUCAGCGGUACUCAAACUCGGCCCUCUAGCCCUCACGAUGUCCACCUCCCUCUACACACCGCCAUGCGCCACCACCAACGCCGGGUUGGGAAAAAAUACCAAAGGAU